AUGUCUUUACAGCAAAAGGGUGGAUUGUUGGACCAGAUACUAUUGGAAGACAUUGCUAGGUGCUGUCCUCACCAGUUUCUUGCUUUCCAUCAAUGCAUGUCAUUACCACAGCCAGACCCCGAACACUGUCUAAAACAGCAAGUCGAGUUGACGCAGUGUAUAAGAACAUCAGUGCCAUCGUUCCAAAAAAUUCAAGGCGAAUGCUCGGGUAAGUUGCAAGCUUAUGAAGCAUGCUUGAAGAUGAACAAGAGCCAGACGCUGAAGUGCACGCACGAGCUAGAAGAUUUGAGAAACUGUGCAUUUGGGUCUAUAAACAAGUAG